AUGGCUCGUUCCUCGAUAUCAGCACAAUGUGAUUUAAUUGCGUCAUAUAUGGAUGGAAUUCACGUUAAAAUUGCAGAGGCCUAUAAACCUCCACGAAAGAUAUGUUUACCAGCUGCAUAUAACAAUAAGCUACCGGACGUGUCGAAAUUAACUUAUGAUUUCAAUUUGGAACGAUCAGUACUUGAGAAGAUGACAGAAUGGCGUAAUGUUAGACAAGCGAAUAGCAAAGCACGGCAUGCACGAUUAGAUGAGAAAAGAAAGAAACAAAAAACUGAAUUUUCACCUCCACCACCACCUCCAUUGCCUGAUAUCGCAAAGCCUAUAAAUGCACCUGUGCCUGAAACAACAAUUCUUACUCCACAGCCUUUGUCUCCACCUGCCAAUGAUUUUCAAGAUCACAUAAAAGCAAAUGGUCUUGAUUUUGCUGAUUUUGAUAAUGAUACAAGUAGUCCAUUUGAUAACAUGGAAUUAAAAACAAUUAAUGAAAUGGAAGAACUUGCUCAGGUAUUACAGCCUACGUCUCAAUGGGUACCAUCAGCAAAAUUAGAAAGUUUAUUAAAUGACUUAAGUGUCAACGAUAAGUCAAAAACUCAUAUAAAAGAAGAAAAUGAUAAUGUCAAAAAUGAAACUAUUGAUCAAGAGGAAGUUAAUGAACAAGAGAAUAUCAAACAUCGUAGUGUAUCUGCAAUUGUACAAGAGCUUCAAAGAGAUUUAAAAAGACCACUUAUGGAGAAUUGGAAACCUUGGCCAAAUUUAGAAAGUCCUGACACAAGCACUCAUGAAACAUUAAAGCAAGAAGAAUCAGUGGUAACAAAUCAAGUUGCUCUUAUGAAUUUACUAUUAGAUUUAACAGAGGAAGAUAAAAAAUUAGCUCGACACUUGAACGAUAUGGGAUUUCCUUUAUCGAGAGCUGCUCGUGCUAUACGCGAAUUAGAUGGUCAGGAUAAUAAAAAAAUUGUAGAAUAUUUAUUAGCUGUACAAGCUUUAGAAGAAAUUGGAAUUUCUGGAGAGGAAGCUGAAAAAGCUCUUGCUCUUACAGAAUAUAAUCAAGAAAAAGCCAAAGUUUAUUAUAAAAAUCUAUGUAUCUUACGAAAUUUAGGUUUUUCUGAAGAAAAGGCAUCUGCUGCACUUCUAAAAUGUAAUAUCGACCGCGAUAGAGCUUUAGAUUUUCUAAUAGCAUAAUAGAAUUUUGUAAAAAGUAAUUAUUAAAAUGGUCUAAACAAA